AUGUCUUCUCCACUUUCCGUCGACGACGGAGAUAUCUUCGAGCGUCUCCAACAACGUACCGACCCGAAGGUGCAGGAAGAGCAGCAGAAAGCUGUCAAUGAACGGGUCAGAGCAAUUUAUGAGAAGGCACAAAAUCGCCUCGGUGAAUUGAUUGACCAAAAUUCCACUCUACCAUGUGUCAUUUCUUCAGUGCAGGUUCACGGAGCUCGCCAUACCCGCAGAAGCUUUUUGGAGCAGAUAUUCAAUCCUCUGCUUAGCAGCAAUCAAACUAGGCCCUAUACGCUCUCGGAAGCCUUGCAGGAAGUAUCGGCACGUGCGGACAAGCUUGGCAGGUUUGAUGUCUUUCAACAGCCGAUCUCGGUAUAUCUAGAUCAGUCAUCACUGGCUGACCCGCAAACUGGUCUCCCGUCCAUUGAUGUCCUGCUGUCGGUCAAGGAGAAGUCUCGCGUCUUGCUCAAGACGGGUACUGAUCUUGGAAAUACUGAAGGGUCCGCUUAUGGUAACCUUCUCUGGCGUAAUAUGUUUGGAGGUGCAGAAAACCUGAACUUGAAUGCUUCGCUGGGCACCAGGACAAGAUCCGCGUACCAGGCCACCUUCGACACCCCACUUUUCAGCGAUCCCGAUUUCCGCUUGGAGCUUGGUGGAAUUGCUAGUGCCACACAGAAGUCUUGGGCAAGCCACGAGGAGGUUCUGAAAGGCGGGUGGAGCAAACUUCGCUGGAUAAGCUCGUCCGGACACCACCAUGAAUUUGGAUAUAACGGUUUCUGGAGACAAAUGACUGGCCUUUCCGAAAAUGCAUCCUCGACUGUUCGCGCCGAUGCCGGAGACAGUGUGAAGAGCAGCGUCUUCCACAGCUGGACUAAGGACCGGAGGGAUAAUGCGCUCCUUCCCUCGCGGGGCUACUACGCCAAGGCCUUCAAUGAGCUGGCUGGCUGGGGUCCGCUCAAGGGCGAUGUCUCUUUCUGGAAGUCGGAGAUUGAAACACAAGCUGCGGUCCCCGUCCCCAUCCCUGGUCUUAAGGGCGACAGCGGCGUCAGCUUCACAACUGGAUUCCGCGCGGGACUUCUGUACCCUCUCGGGCUUGACUCGGAUUCUCGACCACAGUUAUCUCGCGUUAACGACCGUUUCCUCCUGGGAGGCCCCACAGAUGUGCGUGGGUUCCGUCUUUGUGGCCUCGGACCGCAUGACGGAGCGGAUGCGGUUGGAGGAGACGUGUAUGCUGCGGGAAGUGCCAAUUUGCUGCUUCCACUCCCGAGAGUGGGUGCCGACAAGCCUUUCCGUCUACAAGCAUUUGUGAACGGUGGUCGUCUUCUGCCGCUGCGCACGGCUGACAAGAAUGUCCCCACUUCCAGUGGCGAGGUGAAAGAUGCCAUGGUAUCGACCAUCUCCGAGCUGGUAAAUGGUUUGCCCAGCGUUGCUGCAGGUGUUGGACUGGUUUAUGCUCAUCCAGUUGCCAGAUUUGAGUUGAACUUCUCGCUGCCGCUAGUGUUGCGGAAAGGCGAAGAAGGCCGCAAAGGCCUUCAAUUGGGAAUCGGCAUUAACUUCCUCCUUCUCCCCCUAACCCUGGCCGCAAUGGCCCAGUAUUACCCGCAGCAACAGCCUUACGGAGCGCAGGCCUCUGCGCAGAACCUUCAAUUCUACCCGACAUCCUACCAGUCUGUCUCCGGUCAUACAACCCCUUCUCAAGCUUCCUAUGGGGGCUUUGGAGGCCCCUCCAAUCCUGCCGCCCAAGCUUAUCCCGUCGGAGGGGUGGGAAGCGGAUAUGGCGGCUUCGGCUCCCCAUCUGCAGGAGUGAGCGGCAGGAUGGGUGAACAGGGCGGUUUACGGACGGGGUGGCUUGCUGCAUUUGGGACUGAGGGGUAUGAUGGGGAGCCGCCGCUUCUGGAGGAACUGGGAGUCAAUUUUGAACACAUUCGCACCAAGACCUUAACCGUCUUGAAUCCCUUUGCUCGCAUUGAUCAGCACCUGAUGGACGACAGCGACCUCUACGGCGCGCUGCUUUAUAUCGUACUCUACGGCACCUUCCUCCUGCUGUCCGGCAAGGUCUUUUAUGGGUAUAUCUACGGCGUCGCGGUAUUCGGCACGGUUGCCUUGCACUUGAUCCUCAGCUUGAUGUCGCCCGCGCUCGACGCGGUCCCCGUAGCCAACGCCGCCGAUCCCACCAACUAUUCUCCGCACCACAAACCCACCAUGUCGGACGCCUCGGCCGCCGGCCAUUUCUCUGCAACCCUGACCUUCCCCCGCUCCGCCAGCGUACUUGGCUACUGCUUCUUGCCCUUGGUGCUGACGAGCUUGGUUGGGAUUCUCAUUCCCAUGGAUACCAUGUUCGGCUAUCUCCUGACCACCGCCGCCGUUGGCUGGUGCACCUACAGCUCCUCGGGGAUGUUCUGCGCCGUCGCCCGUAUGCGCGGCAUGAGAGGCCUGGUGGCCUAUCCUCUGGCACUGUUCUAUGUGGUAUUCGGUAUCAUGGGAAUUUUCUCCUCCCGAGGAAGUGGCACCCUGGCUGCCAAGACGGGUGCUGCCUGA